AGCGAUUUCUGCUAUUGUUUUUAUCAUUAGCUUACUAGCUAUCUAACUGCUGUCGAUGCAUUUCUGACUGAAAUAGUUUGCAAUGACUACGUUCAAAUUACAGCCCCGCGAAGGACGGGCUAAUGAACAUUGUUCAGUGCCUGUGUUCAGUUUCUUCAAAAUUGAAUGGUAUUGUGAGCUUCCAUAGUUUCCCGGUCGAUGUAGAGCUCAGAAAAAGGUUGUUGGUGGCAGUAUGUCGUGACAACUUGGAGCUGUCACUUUUGUGCCAUCGUUGUAUGCUGGAUCUGUGAGUGACAAGGAGAUCUUCAAGCAGUCUAAUUAUUUCCUUACUCACCCCUAACAUGGCCAUUAUGAUGGAUAAGGGCUUUCUCAUAGACGACAUUGUUCUACCGGCCAGCCUUUCUGUCAAGACGCACACAGAUGCCAGCGCAUGAGGUUAGGGAGUCCCAAUCCAUUGCCAGGCUGAGAGUGCAUGUUGAAAGAAUGAUCCGCAGAGUAAAGGAGCUCAAGCUGUUUGAAUGUCAUCCCCCUGACCAUCUCAGGGACCAUCAACCAAUUAUUUGCAGUGGCGUGCCUGUUAGUCAACUAUCAAAACGGACCUUUGGUCAGAGCAUGGGCCAAGCCAAUAUGACAGUCACACCAGCUACAACCUGUGAGAAGGAUUUGACCUUACACCUGCCAGUAGUAAGCAUGAGAUCUAUUCAACUUCAGCUCUCCAUUCUGCAUCUUCAGGUUGGGGAGAUCUUCUCAGCAGCAGGAGCUGCUUUUACCAAGUUAGGGGAGCUGACCAUGCAACUGCACCCCGUGGCUGACUCCAGUCCCGCAGGAGCUAAGUGGACGGACACUGAGAUUGGGCAGCUGAGAUCGGCCGUGGUGAGGUUUGGUGAUGACCUGAACUCCCUCAGCGCUGUCAUCAAGGAACGCACCGUGGUCCAGAUUAAAAGUACAGUGAAGAGGAAGCUCUAUGACGAGACCGGGAUGCCCAUUUCCACCGACUCCCCAAAAAAGACCGCCAAGAAGACUGCUGUUACCAUGGCCACCACGGCAACACCAACUGUCAUUGCUGUGCCGACCUCAAAGGUCGUCAUGAAGGCAGGUGUCCAGGGAAAUGUGACUGUGGCCAUUCCCACCAUGAAGAAACAGAAGUCUGCAGCAGAUGUGACUCUGAGUGCUCUGAAUGACUCUGACGUCAACUCUGACCUGGUAGACAUAGAGGGACUGGGAGAGGGAUCCAACUCCAAGAAACUCAACUUCGAUCAGGGUGGAAACUCAAACAAGAAGUACCCGUGUUAAGGUCUAUUCAACACCGGUCUGACCAAUCGGAAUCCAUGCUUCAAGAUUGUUUUGAUCACGCGGACAAGGAUAUGUUCCGGCCAGCCUCAGAGAAAAACAUUGGCGAAUACACGGAUAACCAUGACGGAGUUCAUAACCUUGUCCCAUGAAGAUGGCUGUCCAUUCCUCAAUGACUGUCUACUCACAGGACCUAACCUGAAUCCGGUUCUGCUCAGCUCAGCGUUCUGAUAAAGUUCAGACUACAUGAGAUCGCAUUCAUGGCAGACAUCAAGAAGGCUUUCCUGUUGAUAUCCCCUAGCAAAGAGAGAUAGAGACGCCGUGAGAUUCCUAUGGCUCACAGGCCCACCAAGGGGAGAAAAUGAAGAGGAGCUGCGUGUGCUGAGGAUGAAAAGAGUGGUAUUUGGAGCUUCCCCAAGUCCAUUCUUGCUGGCAGCUACAAUCAGGAAGCACCUGAAACAAUAUGAAACAGAACAACCAGAAGCUGUAGAGCUAUUGAGAGAGUCACUCUGUAGAUUACUUCAUUGCAAGUUCACGCAAUGUUGAAGAGGCUUACCUUGUGACAACAACUGCAAAGCGAAUGCUGUCGAUUGCAGGCAUUGACCUUUGCAAGUGGAUGACCAACUCUCCUGAACUGAAAACAAAAUGGGAGGAGAGUACGACAACUGACCACCCAUUGACGCUAGAAUCACAAGGAAUAGUGCUGAAGGUUUUAGGAUGGAGACCGGAAACAGAUUACUUUGUUUGACCUCAGGCCGCUACUGAGCAUUCUAAAGCAAGGGAAAACACAAAGAAGUGUUCUGCAGUGGUCUGCACGUAUCUUUGACCUUCUUGGUUUCCUGACCCCCUUCAGGAUCAAGUGCAUGUUCCAGGAAAUGUGGGAGUGGGGACUCAGCUGGGAUGAAGAAUUACCACCUGAUCUGACACAAGAAUGGCAACAGUGGUGUCCAGAACUACCCCAGUUACACCAGCUCACCAUACCAAGGUGGUACAGAACAGCCACACCCUGAAACUACACGUGUUCUGUGAUGCAAGUGAAAGGGCUUAGUGCAGUAGCUUACUUGCAAGGUGAAUCACAAGACAGGGAAACAACGACAAGUCUAGUCGCAUCCAAGUCCAGGGUAGCCCCACUCAAGAAAAUGACACUGCCACGCCUGGAGCUCAUGGGAGCUGUGAUUGGAGCGAGACUAGCAAACAACCUGAUGACCACACUGAAAAUGGAAGAAAAAACAAAUCAAAAUGUGGACAGACUCGAUGAUCGUGCUGCAUUGGAUUUGCAGCUCAGCUCAGAAAUGGAAACAGUGUCACUCUGUUCGCGACAAAGAGAUCCAGGCCUUGACCAAUCCAGAGUCAUGGUCACAUAUUGAAGGGGAAACUAAUCCAGCCGACCUCCCUACAAGAGGGAAAAACUGCUCGAAACUUGACACAGAGCCAGCUAUGGUGGAAUGGACCCAGAAUUCUGACAUCACCCAAUCAGUCCGAGGAGACUGAUGAUAACAAGGUUCCAGAAGAGGUAAAUUCAGAACUCAAGUCCAGUCGCCAGGUUACUGUACAACUCGCAGCAGGCAGCACAGAUGUCACUGACCCUGUGUUGGAGCUUGAAAGGUACAGCAAACUGAAAAGAGUGUUCAGAGUCACCGCCUGGAUAAAGAGUCAUAGCCAAUGCUCGUACAAACAUAAAGAUGCAAGGUGAACCGACUGCUGACGAACUGUUCGAUGCAGAAAAGUACUGGAUCAAGGUAAAAGAACAACAGAGUUUCGGACAGGAGAUCAAACUACUGAAGACAGUAAAAAGCCUAAACAAUGACUGUAAAAUCAGAGAAAUGAAACCGUUCUUGGACGAACAUGAACUACUCAGUGUAGGAGGAAGACUGCCACAGUCCAACUUCACAUUCAGAGAGCAGCAACCAUGGGUUCAAGUACAGAUACUCAGAAAUGUGGAUACAGUACCACCAUGAGAAGGUGAUGCAUUCUGGAGCAAGAGUUACUCAAGUAUAAAUCAGAGAGCGAUACUGCAUCUUGUGUGCUAGGCAGCUAGUCAAGAGCACAGUGGCAAUAUGUAUAGUGUUCAAGAGAUUCAAGGCAAGGGCUGGACAGCAGGUCACUGCGCCUUUACCAAAAGACAGAAUAACUGAAUCCCCACCAUUCGAAGUCACAGGUGUGGAUUUUGCAGGACCACUCUAUGUGAAAGAAAAUGGUUCUGUGAAGAAGUCAUACAUUGCACUGUUCACUUGUGCUGUAUCCAGAGCAGUGCAUUUGGAACUAGUCUCAGAUCAGUCAAGAGACAUUCCUGUUAGCUCUAAAAGAUUCAUCUCAAGGAGAGGAUUAUGCAAGGUAAUCUACUCAGACAAUGCAAAAACGUUCAAGAGAGCUGAUUAGGACUUGAAAGAGCUGUGGAAGGCAAUCGAAGAGCCCCAACUCUUGGCGUUCUUCUCAAAGGGGCAUCACCUGUAGGUUCAUCGCCGAGCGAGCAGCCUGGUGGGGCGGAUUCUGGGAAAGACUCGUCAGGUCAGUGAAAACAUGCCUGAGAGAUUUUCUUGGGAGAGCUUCACUCAACUUUGAAGAGAUGUGCACAGUCCUGACAGAGGUUGAAGCUAUCCUAAAUUCUAGGCUUCUGACCUUCUUGCACAAUGAAGUGGAUGAACCACAACCCCUGACCCCAGCACACUUCCUGGUGGCUAAAAGACUAACCUCUUUGCCACCCAAGCCAUUUCCAGCUGACACUCAGCACCCAACGCUAAACAAGGAGGAAAUGACACGCAGAUGGAAGUACAGGCAGAGACUUGUGACCAGCUUCUGGAACAGUUGGCGAAGAGACUACUUGCUGGAUCUAAAGUCGUGACACACCACAGCCCACCCCACUGAAAGCGGGUGAUGUUGUACUCAUUGGAGAAGAUGACACACCCAGACAAGCCUGGAAACUAGGAAAGAUUGAGGAACUGUUUCCAGGCCGAGAUAGCCUAGUUAGGUCAUGUUCGUACUGCUUCAGUGACUUUGUUGAGACCUAUUCAGUUGAUAUACUCCCUAGAGAUUUAGAUGAACACAGUUGUUCAUCGGGGGGAGGAUGACGUAACUUUAAUGGGUUACAGAGUUAAUGUUUAAGUUAAUUAAUUGAGCUGUAUCUAAAGAUUUUUCUUUACAGUUUACAUAUGUAAUUGUAUUUGUGUGUUGGAGAUUGAGAGAACUACAAACAUAUUUUACAUACAUAGACUGCACGUUCCAGAAUGCCUUGCGACAGGAAGUAGAGAGAACGCGGCAGUUAUGUACAAGUGAUUAUCCUGACUUUCACUAGCAACUUUUAUUGUUUUGUAGAAUCUAACGUUGUUAAAUGUAAUGCAAACAAGUAGUAUUACUAAAAGAAGCUUUCAUUUCAAA